AUGAAGGAUCUAAUUCCCAUCUUACUGCAAUAUAUCAAAAGCCGUCAGAAACCUGCGGGACAUGUAUUAUUUAUUGCUCACAAUGCUCGUUGCUUUGAUGCCCCCUUUUUGAUUAACGAAUUUGGACGCUGCUCCUUUGAGGUUCCCACAAAUUGGCUGUUUAUGGACACACUUCCGCUGGCACGUGAAGUAAUGAAGUCCAGGGGAUCAAAACUCGCAUCAAAAACAUCCCUGCAAGCGCUUCGGGAGCACUAUGAAAUUUCACUGGUUGGGUCAGCUCACAGAGCCAUGUCGGAUGUGAUCUCAUUGUCACUGAUUCUGCAAAGGUUGACUUUUGACCUGAAAUUACCUGUCUCUGGCCUUGUGAAAAGAUCUUUGACGGCCUCUGAUCUGAUUAAAUUAAAGAAGAAGAAUUGA